CCACCUCCUGCGGCGGCCGCUGCUGAGACGCUCGCUCCCGCAGAGGGGAGGAAGGGACGGCGGCGGCGGGGGCGGCCGCGGCGCGGGGUCCAGGCGGGACUAUGGGAAACGGGAUGUGCUCCCGAAAGCAAAAGCGGAUUUUCCAGACGCUGCUGCUGCUGACCGUGGUGUUCGGCUUUCUCUAUGGCGCGAUGCUCUACUACGAGCUGCAGACGCAGCUGCGGAAAGCCGAGGCGGUGGCGCUCAAGUACCAGCAGCACCAGGAGUCCCUUUCUGCCCAGUUGCAAGUUGUGUAUGAACACAGAUCAAGAUUAGAGAAAUCCUUGCAAAAGGAAAGACUUGAACAUAAGAAAGCAAAGGAAGAUUUUCUUGUUUAUAAAUUAGAAGCACAAGAAACACUAAAUAAAGGAAGGCAAGAUUCCAAUAGUAGAUACAGUGCGUUGAAUGUGCAACAUCAGAUGUUGAAAAGUCAACACGAGGAGCUGAAGAAACAGCACAGCGACUUGGAGGAGGAACAUCGCAAGCAAGGAGAAGACUUCAGUAGGACGUUUAAUGACCAUAAGCAGAAAUACCUGCAGCUGCAGCAAGAGAAAGAGCAAGAACUUUCUAAGCUAAAAGAAACCGUGUACAAUUUGAGAGAAGAGAAUAGACAACUAAGGAAAGCGCACCAAGACAUGCACACACAGCUUCAAGACGUCAAGCAACAGCAUAAGAAUUUACUCUCCGAGCACGAACAACUUGUAGUGACUUUGGAAGACCACAAGAGUGCACUAGCUGCUGCGCAGACACAAGUUGCAGAGUAUAAACAAUUGAAAGAUACUUUGAAUCGGAUCCCAAGCCUUCGCAAACCAGAACAAACAGAGCAGCAGAAUGUUACCCAGGUGACACAUUCUCCACACAGGGACAGCACAGCGAGGGAGAAGGCAGCUGGAGAGCCGCGGGAGGUGUCUCGGAAUAAUGAUGUGCGGCAGACACAUGAAGCCGUUCCUAGAAGAACAGAAGAAACAAAACUUUACCCUCCCACCCAGAAAGAGGCAGAAUUUCAGGCUCCAGCAGAGCUGAACCAGCAGGACGCGGAACCCAGAGAGCCGGAGGAGCGUCAGGUGGAAGAGGAGCACAGGAAGGCCCUGGAAGAGGAGGCCAUGGAACAGGUCGGGCAGGCUGAACACCUGGAGGAGGAACACGACCCAUCACCAGAGGAACAGGAUCGCGAAUGGAAGGAACAGCGUGACCCGAGGGAAGAAGCCAACCUUCUGGGAGGGCACGCUCACGCCGAGGUGUAUCCCUCCGCCGGGCCGGCCACCAAAUUGCGAUCGCCCUACGAGGAGCAGCUGGAGCAGCAGCGGCUGGCAGCGAGGCGGUCUGAGGAGGCGCAGAGGCUGAGAGAGCAGCAGGACGCCCUGCACCAGCAGCGGCUGCAGGGACACUUGCUGAGGCAGCGGCAGCAGCUCCUCGCCAGAGAGGUGGCCCGGCAGAGGCAGGCCGGCCCCGAGGAGGGGCGGCCGCAGCCCCCGGAGCAGCUACGGCAGCAAGGUCAUUAUGACACUGUGGAUCAUGAUAUUGUUCAGGGAGCAGAGGACCAGGGCGUCCAAGAAGAGGAAGGAGGUGCCUAUGAGAGAGAUAACCAGCACCAAGAUGAGGCAGAAGAUGACCCAGAGAAUGGACAUGAGCCUCAAGAUCAGGGUCCCCACGAAGCUGAUCCAGACUCCGAGGCAGAUAGGGCGGCUGUAGAGGAUAUAAACCCAGCAGAUGACCCCAAUAAUCAAGGCGAAGAUGAAUUUGAGGAAGCCGAGCAAGUGAGAGAAGAAAAUUUGCCAGAUGAAAAUGAGGAGCCAAAACAAAGUAAUCCAAAGCAAGAGAAUGCAGAAAUGGAAGAACAUUUGGUGAUGGCAGGAAACCCAGACCAGCAGGAAGAUAAUGUUGAUGAGCAGUACCAGGAAGAGGGAGAAGAAGAGGUUCAGGAAGAUUUGACUGAAGAGAAAAAGAGGGAAUUAGAGCAUAACGCUGAAGAGACCUAUGGUGAAAACGAUGAAAACGCCGAUGAAAAAAACAAUGAUGGUGAAGAGCAAGAAGUUCGAGACGACAACCACCCCAAAGGCCGAGAGGAACCCUAUGAGGAGGAGGAAGAAGAGGAAGAGGACGGGGCUGCUGUUGCAGAGAAAUCCCGGCGAAGAGCUGAAAUGUAAUGGUGCCCGACCUCACCGACAGUGCUCAGCCAACGGAUUCUUUUCAAGCUGCUCAGACAUAAAUCUGCCUACUGAACUCUAGGAUAUUUAAUUACAAAAAUUAAGAAUUUAGACUUUUUUUUAACUUUUGUAUUAGAAAUGCUCAUACAUUUAUAUGAAUAUAUUUUGAUAACCUAGGUUAGAGCUUCUUUUAUAUUCAAGCUAAACAUGGGCAAGAAGAGAAAGAAUAAAGCAAACCUUGGCCUUUGAAUCUCAUUUUUCAUAGAUGAGGUGAUGUUGGAAAGGGCACCGAUUUUGUAUAUUUCAGCUUGUUACUUUUCUGUCUUCUGCUUUCCAGCUGUUCUGUUGUUUGCCUUUAAUAAAAUACAGGAUUUCAAAUAGGCAAUACUGCAGAAGGCUGCAGAUCCUUUAAGGAGACUGGCCAGUUUGUUAACUGCUGCCUUUCUGAGGUUCUUGUGAGGUAUAGUUCGGAUGGAAUUUUUACCCAUCUGUCUGUCUCUGCAAGAAGAUCCAUGUACAGAGUGACAUACGAUUGGAAAGGCAUUUUGGCUAUAAAGACAUUGUUUUUCAGAAUUUUUGUAUCUGUUAGAAAAAUGUUUGGCUUUACUUAAAAUCACAGCUCUUCUUGAAAGGAAUUAGGUUUUUAAAUGAGAUGGUACUAAAACCCACACGACAGUAUUCUGGACUUUGACACUCCAGUAUUCAAACAAGGUAGGGCACCUCAGUGCAUUAACCUUCCUGAAGGACUGACACCUUGUUUACUAACUAGUGUGUGUGGCUGGUGUUUUCUAUGUGAGCACCCAUUCAGUUCUUUUUUUCUGAAGUCACCUAGUGAUAUCCUUGUUUCAAUAUCCAGUUCUCUACAGUACUAUAUAUUUCCCCGUAAGCUCUGUUUCUCAGUAUGUAAUCACUUUGAUAACAGGAAUGAACAUGAAGGCAUUCCAAAUUAUACGGUUGAAUUAGGGUUAUUCUUCGAAAAGUAUUCAGUGAAAUGCACAUGGUAAUAUGAUAGACCCUCAUGAUUUUUCCAUUUGCUGGGAUUGGGCUAUGGAUUACAAAAGUCCUUAAAAUAAAAAUUUAAAAAUCAAAAAUAUCUUUCGGGGUAGAGACAUAUUUGUCUCUCUAUAUAAAGAUUUUUUAAAUAUAUAGAAUUAGGUAUAUAACCCAUAUGUGUGUGGUUUUAUAAUAAUACUCUCAAAUUAAUAAAGGCAAAUUUCAAUUUCUACCAUUGUUGUAUGAAUGCGAUGUUAUUUUUUAAUAACCGCACUCAUGUAUGGUUCUGAUUAUCCCAGCGGAGUGAUUGUGUAUGUAUGCAUAGGAAUGUUUUGUUCAAAUGUAUUUUGGAUUUUCAAUAAUCAUAGAUCAAAUUUUACCUUUAUGUAUAAAAACCCUUUAUGUAAUGUAAAAUGUAUAAUAUUGUACAUAAUAUUCAGAAUACAAUUAUUUUGGUAAAUUAGUUUGUAUUUUUAAUGUCCCAGUUGCAGUAUUUAAUUAUUUGAACCAUAUUGAAACUUGGUAAUAGUCAAUAAAGCUAUGAAAAGCAAGUGGUAAAUCUUU